AGGAACACAGCAUCCUUCAUCAGACGAAGAGGAGAGAGGCAGAGAGGCGGGAGAUAAAACACCAGGACUUGGAUAGAAUAAAAUAAAAAACAGGAAGAAGACUGAUGGUGUCGUCUGGGAGGCAGACAGACAGAGGGACGAGAGACACCUGCAGAGACUGGCAGAUAGGGAGAGAGAGAGGCAGGAGGCGGCUUUAACAUCCGUCCUCUGGGCCUGAGUGUGUGCGUGAGUAAGUGAGUGUGAGAGUGUGUGUGAGUGAGUGUGUGUGUGAGUUAUUGUGUGUGUGACAUCAGCUGAGUGGAACAAGCCGUUUGGAGGGUGGAGCCAUGAUGGGCAAGGAUUACAUGUUGGCCAUUAUCAUCGUCAACUAUGAUGACAACAUCUGGACAGACCAGAACCUCCUCCUUGAUCCUGACCUUCCUUCAGGCUGGAGAACCAUCAAAGACUCCACCGGGACAUACUAUUGGCACGUUCCCACUGGCGCCACCCAGUGGCAACACCCCCGCCUUACUGGGAAAGGGCAACCACUGGAAACACAGCAGGAGGAAGCAGUGGAGCCGAGCCCCAACAAAGAGGCAGGUGGACCCGCUCAGGAUCGGGCUUCGUGGCAUGAGGACGAUCUGACGAACCAAGACCCCGACUCUAAGUGCUUCGCCGUGCGCUCUCUGGGCUGGCUGCAGGUGGAGGAGGAGGAUCUGUCUCCAGGUCGCAGCAGUCUUGCCGUCAGCAACGUCAUCCAGCAGCUGUCUCACAGAGGAGGUGGAGCUGAGCAGAGGGAACGGUUGGGGGCCUGGGGGGAGGGUCGGGAGAUGACACUGGUUCUGAAGAAAGACACCUUGACCCUGUUGGACCCUUUAGACCAAACCCCUCUCCACCGUCAGCCAAUCGUAAACAUCCGUGUGUGGGGGGUGGGCUGCAACAAUGGCAGGGACUUUGCAUUCGUGGCUGGUGAUAAGGACAGCUGCAUGCUGAAGUGUCACGUGUUUCGCUGUGAUGCUCCGGCCAAAGCCAUCGCCACGGUUCUGCACGAGAUGUGCUCGAAGAUUAUGUCUGAGAAGGCACAGACGAGGCCAUCCCGCUCACUGACGAUGGAGAGUAUCUCUCCUGAAGACCUGCCCAGACAAGUUGAGUUUUUGGAGGCGGUGCGGAAGCAAGUCCAGAAGUUUGAAGUCCAGUAUAUCGGAAACCUGCCGGUGUCCAGAGCCAUGGGUAUGGAGGUGUUGAACAGAGCGAUCGAGAGCAUCAUGAACUCCACCGACAGGGACGACUGGGAGCCGACAGUGAUCCACAUCACUGACAAUGUGAUGUCGCUCUGGAAGGGGGAGGACAGAGAUGAGCCCCUCUGGGAGUGUCAGGUUCGCUUUCUCACAUUCCUGGGAGUCGGCCACGACAGCCACACCUUCGCUGUAAUCAUGGAUGGUGGCACACAGCAGUUUGAGUGUCACGUGUUCUGGUGUGAGCCCGAUGCAGGAAACCUCUCUGAGGCCGUCCAGGCUGCGUGCAUGGUCCAAUAUCAGAAGUGUUUGGUGGCUCAGACUCCACCCCCCAGAACCAAAUCGUGGCACACACCCACAUCGAAGGUUAGACGUGCCAACUCCAUGGAUGGCGCGACCUUCCCUCCGCUUGUGUCCCGUCACUACGGCAGCAGCAGCUCCACAUUGACGGUGAAGAGCAAUGGUGGCCUUGGCAACACCAGCGUAAGGAAGGGGAUGUUGGCAUUUUUUGAAACGUUCCGCAACAAACAGACCGCUACCUCGUAGUCACAGGGGCGGGGACACCAGAGCCCACUGGUACUCUGGGACUCUGGUGGGCAUGUGCAGUGGCGGAGCGACGCCCCCCAGUGGAGCAGCGUCACACCUGAGCUAACAGCAUGAACGUUCACAGGUUGUUGACGAAUCAGAGCAAGCGAUGGCUCCAUCAUCUCUGUCUGCAGUUCAGGAGCAUCUCUGAACCCACGACUGCGCUCAAAGAUCCAACUGAGAAUAAGAACACUGACUAGACCACCAAACUUUCUUUAAAAAUAAAACAAAAAACGAAGAAAAGACCUGACUCCUGAAUGUUGCUGUGACCAACUUCUGAGUCUGAAGCUAACUUCCCCGGAAUGUUCCCGAAAACAAGAAAAGUAGAGUUGAAUUAGCACGGAAAGAUUCCUUCCAAUUGUUUGUUGUUUGCUGGCCUCCGGCUUCUCCUGUAGUGAAACCUCAAUGUCCAGGUGGCAAGUUUCCAGCUGUGGCGACCACUAGGGGGCGCAGUCUUAGAAUACACAAGCAGGGUUGCUGAUGAUGGGCGUUGCUGUGGUUCCUGCUGUAUGCUGGAGUCUGUGACGAUGAAACAAAGAUUUUUUUGUUUGACAGCCUUAAAUGUGUGAAUAGAGGCUCCGCCCCCAGUGAUGUCAGCUUCUGCUGCCUCCUAAUCGGCUGAAAUCCCUGCUGGUAGAAGCUGCUGACAGAUGGUGAACCAGUGAUAAACGGUUUUGUUUCUGUAGAUGACGGUGACCACCUCAGCACAAAACAAUGAUGUCAUGUAGAAAAUAAACCAAUAACCAAUCAGAA